AUGAAUUCCCGUACUUCUCUCUUUCAACUGUCCAGAAACUGGCAAAACCGUGUUCCCAAAGUUCCCAUUCAACCUGCCGGUUUCGGUGCUCGACAUUUUACCCCAACUAUGAGUAACAAGGGGAAAAUCCAGCCUGCCAAAAGGGUAGCUGGUAGGAAGCAAGAUGUAUGGACAAUUGUCAAUGAAGCUGCAGCAGCUUCUCCUGUCCAACCAAUUGUCAACAUGGGCCAAGGAUUUUUCGGAUAUAACCCACCACAAUUCAUCCUAAAUGCUGCGAAGGACGCGUUGAACAAGGUCGACUGCAAUCAAUAUUCUCCCACGAGGGGUCGACCUCGCCUAAGGAAAGCAAUUGCAGAUGCAUAUUCGCCUCUAUGGGGUAGGAAACUGGACCCAGAAACCGAGAUCACAAUCACAACAGGUGCAAAUGAAGGUAUGUUAAGUGCUUUCAUGGGAUUCAUUGAGGAAGGAGACGAGGUCAUCGUUUUCGAGCCUUUCUUUGACCAAUACAUCAGCAACAUUGAGAUGCCAGGGGGCAAGAUCGUUUAUGUACCAUUGCACCCACCUCCGAAAGGAGCUUCCCAAAAUACCUCUUCCGCUGAGUGGACUGUUGACUUCGCCGAAUUGGAGGCCGCCAUUACUCCCAAAACCAAGAUGAUUGUCAUCAACACCCCGCACAACCCUAUCGGCAAGGUCUUCUCCAAAGAAGAACUGCUCAAAAUUGGAGAACUCUGUGUCAAGAAUCAGAUCCUAAUUCUCUCAGAUGAAGUUUACGACCGUCUUUUCUAUGUUCCAUUUACCAGGAUAGCUACUCUAUCUCCUGAGAUUGAGAGGCUUACUCUUACUGUUGGCUCCGCGGGAAAGAAUUUCUACGCAACAGGCUGGCGAGUAGGUUGGUUGAUUGGCCCUCCAGAGCUGAUCCAAUACGUUGCUGCUGCUCAUACAAGGAUUUGUUAUUCCUCAGUAUCGCCACUCCAAGAAGCAGCGGCUGUAGGAUUCGAGCAAGCUGAUGCCGAGAAUUUUUGGGAAACUGCGAAAACGGAAAUGAAAGACAAGAUGGACACAUUCAACACCAUCUGGAAGGAAUUGGAUCUUCCAUUUUCUGAUCCAGAGGGUGGCUACUUUGUCUUGGUUAACAUGAAGAAAGUCAAGAUCCCAGCGGAUUACCCCUUCCCUGCACAGGUCAAGGACAGACCAAGAGAUUUCAAGCUCAGUUGGUUCUUGAUCCAAGAAGUUGGUGUCGCGGCUAUUCCACCUACGGAGUUCUACACUGAUGAAAAUGCGCACAUUGGCGAGGAUUGGCUGAGAUUUGCGGUUUGCAAAGAAGAUGAGGUUUUGGAGAGAGCAAAGGAAAGAUUAAGAGAUUUGAAGAAGUACAUAGAAUAG